CCCAAUCGGUCAGCUGGCACCAUCAUCUAACCUGGGAGGGUCCCGAUUGCAUUACUCGAAAGGCAUCGCCUGCCCCUUCCCACCCGGAGUGGAGGAUUGCUGCUAAAACCAAAACAAAAAUGAUUUAGCGGGGCGGCUGGUGUGCGGACGGGGAAGGACCGGCUUCAUUUCGGUAUUUGACGUAUCAGUUUAUUUAUAAUUAUUUAUUUAUUAAUUUUACCAUUGAAAAUUCUCGUGCAAUGGAUGGAAUCCAUUGCUACGGCUGCUGAGCGGCAGGUGCAUUGUUGUUAUUUUUAAAUCUUUCACGGUUUAAAUUUUAAUUUAGAUUAAAGAUGGGUCGGAACAAACCGCGUCGGUUUCUUAUAGAAAUGGAUGCUGGUAUCGCAAGGAAAACCUCAAUAGGGUGCGUCUAGAGAGCUUUUUGCAAAGCUGCGGUGCUGGAGAGGAGGAGAGGAGGACAGGAGAGUCUUUGCACUUUGCAUCCAUUUAAAAUAGAAGAACAGAAAUAUGUAAUGACAUCCACUCCGCCUUGGUCAAACAGUGCAAGGUGGUAACAAAACGAUUGUCUAAUAAAUACGCAUUUUGGCCCAGGAUUGGAGCAUCUAUACAACGGAGGCUGCUCUUUUAUCAUAAUUUAGAGACGAAUAAAGCCGGAUAAAGACCAUCUCCCAAAGAGGAAAUAAACACCUGGUUUGAUACAAAAAAACGUAACAUUAUAGUUAAAUGCAGAUUCUCCUCUCCGUGUGAGAGACCUAUUCCCGUUCGUGAAGACGAAGCAUCGAGCAGCUGAAACCAGGCGCCGUUACCAAGAUGAUGGAGCUACAGAUCGACGAGGUGGUGUACCAGGACGACUACGGCUCCGUCUCGGUGAUGUCGGAGCGCGUGUCGGGCCUGGCCAACAGCAUCUACCGGGAGUUCGAGCGGCUCAUCCGCAGCUACGACGAGGAGGUGGUGAAGGAGCUGAUGCCGCUGGUGGUGAACGUGCUGGAGAACCUGGACUCGGUGCUCACCGAGAACCAGGAGCAUGAGGUCGAGCUGGAGCUGCUCAAGGAGGACAACGAGCAGCUGAUCACCCAAUACGAGCGCGAGAAGGCGCUGCGGAAACAGGCAGAGGAGAAGUUUAUUGAGUUUGAGGAUGUGCUGGAGGCAGAGAAGAAGGAGCUGCAGGUGCAGGUGGAGAUCCUGGAGCUGCAAACGAAGCAGAUGGAGCUCAAGACCAAGAACUACGCCGACCAGAUAUCCCGCCUGGAGGAGCGUGAGUCAGAGAUGAAGAGGGACUACAACGUUCUUCAUCAGAGGCACACAGAGAUGAUUCAGACAUACAUGGAACACAUUGAAAGGUCCAAGAUGCAGCAGGCAGGGAGUAACACCCAAUCGGAGACGCCCGGGUGCGGACGAAAUCAGUGCCACGCCUGGAGGAAAAGAAGUAAGACGGAACGCCCCCCUUCACUCAGCCUCUUCCCCAUGGAGGGGACGGUACGUGGGUGUCUAGGGGGAGCAAAGGUGACCCCCGGGUCUGACGUCUGGCAGGCCAGCGAGCUCAGCCAGCCUCACUCUGCCUCCAGCUACAAGGAGGAUGAUACAGAAUCUGGGCAGUCUUCGGCAGCAGCCACACCCAGCAGUGCGGGCACCAAAUCGAACACGCCCACCUCCUCUGUGCCCUCCGCCUCUGUCACGCCUCUCAACGAGGGCUUGCAGCCCACGUCCGAGUUCGACGUGCCCCGCGGCGGCCACAGGAGGAGGAACGCCAAGCACCGGAGCAGGAACAUGGAGGUGCAGGUCUCUCAGGAAACCAGGAACGUCAGCAUCGGGAUGGGAAGCAGUGACGAAUGGUGUGAGUUCCCGGAGAUUCUCGACUCCACCCCAGAGCCUGAGACGUACCUGGACCCGCGCAUCUACGGAGGGGGUAACAGCCCCUCACAAGGCAUCGUCAAUGAGGCAUUUGGCAUCAACACAGAUUCCCUGUACCACGAAAUCAAGGACGCCAAGUCAGAUAUCAUUGGGGAUGUGGACGCCGGGGCGGAGCUGCUCGGGGAGUUCUCAGUGCGUGAUGAUUUUUUCGGGAUGGGGAAGGAAGUGGAAAACCUGCUCACUGAGAACAAACAGCUCCUGGAGACCAAGAACGCCUUGAACAUUGUGAAAAACGACCUGAUAGCCAAGGUAGACGAGCUGUCUAGCGAACACGAGGUCCUGAAGGAAGAGCUGGAGACUGUGAAGCAGUCCAAAAAUAAGGUGGAUGCAAAGGUUAAAGAGCUAGAGGAGGAGCUUAAGAGACUGAAGGCAGAAGCCCUGGGAGCAUUGCAGGACUCAAAGGAUGAAGGAGGCGAGGAUUACUCGUCCCCGCUCCAAGACGACGUGCCCAUGACCCAGCGGCGGCGCUUCACCCGGGUGGAGAUGGCACGCGUCCUCAUGGAGCGCAACCAGUACAAGGAGAGGCUGAUGGAGCUGCAGGAGGCCGUGCGAUGGACCGAGAUGAUCAGGGCUUCCAGAGAAAGCCCCCAAAUAACAGAGAAGAAGAAAUCCACUAUCUGGCAGUUCUUUGCCCGGCUCUUCAGUGCCUCCUCCAGCCCACCGCCAGUCAAGCGGCCCUACACCAGUGUCAACAUCCACUACAAGUCCCCAUCGCCGGCUGGCUUCUCCCAGCGCCGCAGCCACACCAUGUGUCAGAUCUCCACCUCCAACCGCACGCUGGAGUUCUUCCCUGAGGAACUGGCCAGUAACGGUGUUGCGUCUCUCCUCAGCGACAGCGCGCUGUCGGCCCGGCGGGAACAGCGGCGCGAGCAGUACCGCCAGGUCCGAGAGCACAUGCGCAGGGAGGACGGGCUCAUGCAGGCCUGUGGCUGGAGCGUGCCGCCCCGUUACAAACAGACAGGCUCUCUGCUGGAGCACUCGCAAGAGGGGUCCCUGAAGAAGCACCAGAUCGGCCCCAAUGACAAAGAGGAUAAUCGCAUGAAGAAUGUCCCUGUGCCUGUGUACUGUCGCCCCCUAGUGGAGAAGGAUCCCAGCAGGAAGCUGUGGUGUGCAGCUGGCGUGGACCUGACCGGGUGGAAGACCGCCACUCAGGACGCGCUGUCCAGCGACGCGCUGAAGAACUCAGGCAAUGGCACAGACCCUCUGACGGGGGAGGAGGACGGAGAGCAGACCAAGAGCAAUCACAACUCCCCCGAGAAGAAGAAGACGAAGGAGGCUCACGAGGCGGACUCCAUGAGCAGCCGGGUGUGGAUCCUCACCAGCACCCACUCCGCCAGCAAGGUGGUCAUCAUCGACGCCAACCAGCCCGGCUCGCUGGUCGACCAGUUCAACGUCUGCAACGCUCACGUGCUGUGCAUCUCCAGCGUGCCAGCGGCCAGUGACAGUGACUACCCGGCAGGGGAGAUAUUUCCGGAACAGGGUGAGGGGGGCUCGGAGGAGACCGGGGGUGUGGAGGGCAUGCUGGCUGGCAUCACUCUGGUGGGCUGUGCCACCAACUGCAGCGUGGUGCGUAGCAACUGCUCCUCUCGGACGGACACACCCGUCGGGGACAGGGUUCAGGGCCACGUGGCACCGCUGCUCAACGGGAAGAUGAACCCGACCCAGUCUGCCGAGGAGGCCACCGAGGCCACCGAGGUUUCCGAGCCCGUGGCCAGCGAGGCGGAGGAGGCGUUGGGUCCGCUGGGGCCCUUCACCGAGCACGUCUUCACCGACCCCCAGCCCCCUGCUGCAGACAGCUCAGCGGGCAGGGAUGCUGGGCAGCCGAAGGAGGAAACGAACUCUACGGCCCAAGAAACUGAGGAUGGGGGUGAAGAGAGUGGAGCUGGUACCAGCACAGCCCCCACCAUGUGGCUGGGAGCCCAAAAUGGCUGGCUGUACGUUCACUCUGCUGUGUCAAACUGGAAGAAGUGUCUGCAUUCCAUCAAACUAAAAGACUCUGUACUCAGUCUUGUGCAUGUGAAGGGGAGGGUGCUUGUGGCCCUGGCGGAUGGGACACUGGCCAUCUUCCACAGAUCUGAAGAUGGCCAGUGGGACCUGAGCAACUACCACCUGAUGGACCUGGGGCGCCCCCACCACUCAAUCCGCUGCAUGGCGGUGGUGCACGACAAGGUGUGGUGCGGCUACAAGAACAAGGUGCACGUCAUCCAGCCCAAAACCAUGCAGAUCGAGAAAUCGUUCGACGCACACCCGCGCAGGGAGAGCCAGGUACGGCAGCUGGCAUGGAUCGGUGACGGCGUGUGGGUGUCCAUCCGGCUGGACUCCACCCUGCGGCUGUACCACGCCCUGACCCACCAGCACUUGCAGGAUGUGGACAUUGAGCCCUAUGUCAGCAAGAUGCUUGGUACUGGAAAGCUGGGCUUCUCCUUUGUGCGAAUCACUGCACUCCUCAUUGGAGGGAACCGCCUUUGGGUGGGGACAGGGAAUGGUGUGGUAAUUUCCAUCCCGCUGACAGAGACUGUAGUCCUGCAUCGGGGACAGCUCCUGGGUUUGAGGGCCAAUAAGGUUUCCCCGACCUCGUCCGGAGGCGUGAUCCACGUGUACGCUGACGACAGCUCAGAGAAGACGAGCUCCAGCUUCAUCCCCUACUGCUCCAUGGCCCAGGCUCAGCUCUGCUUCCACGGCCAUCGAGACGCCGUCAAAUUCUUUGUCUCUGUACCAGGCAACGUUUUGGCCACCCUGAAUGGCAGCGUGCUGGACAGUCCCUCUGAGAACCCUGGCUCAACAGCGCCCACUGAUGGUGAAGCCCAGAGUGUGAACAAUGUGCUGGUCCUAAGCGGUGGAGAGGGCUACAUCGAUUUCCGCAUUGGGGACGGGGAGGAUGAUGAAACGGAAGAAGGUUCAAGCGAGGCUUCACAGAUUAAGCCGGCACUAUCUAAAGCAGAGAGGAGCCAUAUCAUUGUGUGGCAGGUGUCCUACGUCCCGGAGUGACACCCAAAGUGUCCGGUAUCCCCUUGUACAUUGUAACUACCUUCCAUCCAUCCCCGUCUUCCCCUCCCAAGGCACGUCCUGGCCAAAAAUCAGAAAUGUCCUGCAUCCUACCAGCUACAAACACACAUAGAAAGUACAACUGAUUAUACGUCCUUUUGAAACCCCCCCCUUCUGUGCUCCUUAUCUACUCCAACCUGCUAUUACUUAAUUAGACCUCCCCCUCCUCAGCUUACAGCUUGUUGAUGGUCCAGUGGAAACCUGGUUUUAGAGAUGAAAGUUAAGGUUUGAUUGUUAUUGAUUUGUUUGGGGACAUGCAGGUGAUGUUGAAAGCCUACUAGACCGAAUUCCUGUUCCAUUGCAUCUGUGGGAGCUACAUGUAAUGGAAGCUGACUUUUACACAAUGGGGAAGAAAUCAGAUGGUAUGAUCAGUAUCGCAAAGCUUUAAACUCAGAUUUCAAACGGGAGUUUUAAUAUAUGCACACCAAAGUUGAAUAUUAAAAUACAGAUUACAUGAAAAAUAUAUGUGCAGACCAUAUGAAAAUACACCAUUAAAUCUGUUUCUAGUUUCAAGAGGAUCUAGCAAUUUUUUAACUGCACACAAACACAAAAGAUGAUAUCAAGGCUACUUAUUUUCCUCUCUCUGCACUGCAUGUUUCUCAGUAAAGUGGAAAACGUACAACAAACUAACAACAAUCUAGUGUUAUACAAAAUCCUUAAAAAGAAAUUAUUGUACCUUAGAACCUAAAGAUUGACUAUGUAUAUGGAGGUCUCAUACACUGGUACAAGCAUAAAGAAAUAACGACAGAGAGGAGAGUUUGUAGAUAGAAACAGUUCAGCAAGCUGAAUUUUUAGCUGAAACGAAAAGUGGGAAAGGAUCUUUUGCGCUGUUUUAAUGCCGUACUUUUAUGGGACCAAGACUUCCUGCUUUAAUGGGGUUCUCCUCUAUAUACUGGCUGUCUCGUUGGUGACAGCUUUUGCACUGCACACGUCUCAGCAGAGAGCACAAGGAGCAAGCAAUCGCUAACCAAGAUGCAAACAGCUAACCAAACCGUGAAAACCAGCACCUCAAUUCAAGCAAGACACCUCAGCAGCAAACCCAACAUGUCAAGAUAAAUAAGAUAGGUGCACUUGCAUAUCCUUGACGUAACACAUGUAAUGAAAUCCGUAAAUGGACUCUGCAACUGAAUGUCAGUUAACACACGUUCAGUUUAAGGACUUGGGUAUACAUCAACAGAACACAAUAUACACAUUCUCAGCGUAGUUACACUACAAUUGGACAGUAUCCUGCUACCCCACUGUGACCACUAGUAAGCUGUGAGCUGAUUGGCUCAAAUAUUCCUGUUUUGUAUGUAAAUUUCCCUGUAUAAUGAAAAGCAGCAGAAGACCCAAGGUUUUGUGUAAAUCUACAGUAAAGGUAUUUCCUUGUUAUCUGCAUCACCCCACACCCCUGCCUCCAGCUAUGUACUUAACUCAUCAAACGUGGAACUUUAUCUGUAUGUAUUCAUGUAUUAAACAUAUUCGUGCUAUG